UGUCGUGUUCUAACCGGCAUAGUAGCUGAUAGAAAAAGUGUCUUUAACUAUAUGAAACCACUUAAGUUCGUAUUUUUUGAUUAUGACGAAAAAUUAUCUGCUACAUAGUAUACACUAAAAUUUAAAUUCUCAUUGAAUCCACCAACCAAAACAGUUAGAUAGUUAUGGAUCAAAAAUUUGAAUGGUCAUUUAAACGAAUUCAGUACUGGCGGGAUCCAGGUCAGCAAGGACCUGCGGAGCAGGAACUGGCCACCAAAAUGUUGCAAAUUCAGAGUAAGCGGUUUUAUUUGGAUGUCAAACAAAACAGACGAGGAAGAUUUAUUAAAGUAGCUGAAAUUGGUGCAGAUGGACGACGGUCGCAGAUAUUUUUAGCGCUUUCGACUGCUGCUGAGUUUAGAGAUCAUUUAUCAUCUUUUAGUGAUUAUUACUGUUCUUUAGGCCCUCCAAACCCUGACAACGUGCCUGAAGAUGGCAAGCUACGCAGCGAAAUGAUGAUAAAGGACAACAGGCGCUACUAUUUGGACCUGAAGGAGAACGCGCGGGGUCGAUUCCUGCGCGUAUCGCAAACCAUCACCCGGGGAGGACCCCGAUCGCAAGUGGCCAUCCCCGCCCAGGGAAUGAUUGAAUUUCGUGAUGCUCUUACGGACCUGCUUGACGAGUUCGGUGCCGGCGACGAACAAUCUUUCAAGCAAGAUUUGCCGGAGGGACGACAUCUACAUGUCGACAACAAAAACUUCUACUUCGACAUCGGCCAGAAUAAUCGUGGCGUAUACAUGCGUAUCUCGGAGGUGAAGACGAAUUUCCGUAAUGCGAUCACAGUGCCCGAAAAAAGCUGGACUCGCUUUCGUGACAUCCUUGCAGACUAUUGCGAGAAAAUGAAACAACCACAACAGCAAACGUCCUUGCCUGGCAUUGGACAGCAACAUUUGGGCAGCGGCGGAGGAAGUGGGGGCGGCGUCAUACCCGGUACCACGACGGUAUCCGAUCAGUCGCAUACACCGAUUGGCAACAAUAUUCAUCAGCAGGACUCGGGUUCAAGUCUGAAAUGAAGAAGGUGAUCACUUUAGAUCACACAACUUUAGGUCACUUUUAAACUAAUUCAAGUGCUGAAUGUGGUGGGGAGGGGUACGACAGGUGGUGGUCGGCUCCCCUUCCCGCUGCCAAUCUGGUGGGAGAGUUAGGACGUGGGACGUGUGACGUGCGUGAUCCUCCUGCCUUUAUUUGGUUUCUGUGAGUGUUCCAAACAAAAACAUUGUAAAUGUUAGAUAUAUUCUAUGUUACGAGUUAUUAAAUUAUUAAUUUAUUGAUUUAUAGAUCGAUCAAGAUUAAUUAUUAUAUUAUUAUUUUUCGAGUCGAGUGCGACUUAUCUCAUCGACUUUCUUUUUCCCUUUCUUUGCUCGUUGUCGGCCGAUCAAUUUUCCUACGUCAAUAAAUGUAAAAUUAUGCAUGUAUAUGACCAAAAUACGAUCGAUAAAAUUGAGAACAAAAUUUUUAAAACUAGGUUUUAUUGGUAUUUUUCGUCGUGGCCGCAGGAAAAUUGAUCACCUGUGAAUUAAUGUGUAUUUGUUGUUAUACAAUAUGUAGCGACAUUAAAGAUAUACGAGGAGAUGUCACGGAAGAAAAACUGCCAUUUAUAAAAAGAGUAUAUGUUUUGACAAAGAAGCAGCAGAGCAUGUUUUUCUUUUUUCUCGCGGUUAUUAUGUCAAUGAUAGUCUACAUAAAUAAAUAUGUAUAAAUAGGUAUCUAUAUACAUACACAUUUAUAUAUUUUGGCCUUAUUUUUUAUUAAUUGAUCAAUAGAUACUAUAACACAUAGUAAUUAAUAGGCGGUGCAUUGCUUCUGCUCGUAUCAUCAUCAUCAUUAUCCACCUCAAUGCUGCCAACUCGAUUACUCUGCAGGAGUGGGGGGUUAUCAUGCCUGUCUUGUCUUGUAGUACGACUUCCCCCCAUUUAACAGAUAGAUAAAAAAAUAAAAGAACGUUUCUUAUAAUAAUAAAUAAAUACAAUUGUGAUUAGAACUUAUAUGUAUAUUUAUUUAAAUUAAAAUUUCAAAAUUUCAAAUUUUUGUGAUAUGGCUUGGUGAUCGUCGGAUGAUUCAUUUUUAAAAAAGAAAAAUUGCCAAUUAUUUACCUGUGUUGUCUAAAGGGGCCCAACGCUUACCUAAUUAAAAAGAAUGUUACUUUAAAAUUAACCUUACUUUGUAAUAUGUAACACUAAAAAUUUUUCAUUGGCUAAUCCUUUGGCUCUGGCCCUUUUGCCAAUUCAGAUGUGGUCCUGGUGUUUAUAUCAUUCUUGAUAAAUAUUUGUUUUCUUGUGCGCACCUUCGCCUUCUUGGUGAAGAGAAACGUGUACCAUGUUUUAAUUAAUUGUAAGUUUUAUGACAUGUUUUUUUCUUAUAUUUUUAUUUUUGUAGUCCUAGUCAGAUAAGAUCGGCUGAUUACUCGGGACUUCAACUUUUCUUCUUUCUUGAUUCUGCCGAUAAUUAUUACCUGAGUCAAUUUAUAUAACGUAAAAAGAAGAAUAAUGAUUAAAAACUGUGCAUUUUUCUAGUUUUAUUGAAACUAAUUUGUUGUAGUUAAUUAAUAAUGAUU